GUCGGUUUCUCGAAGGUGAUCCCAACCUCAGCCGAGUCCCAUCGACAGUGAUUACAGUAGAGAAAGAAAGGAGGCUCUCCAACGGUGCUGAUUGGGACUGGCGUUCGACCAUCGGUAGACUCGGGAGGAUCAGAUGGCACGACGGAUAGCGUGUUUCGGCAGUUGGGACACAUGAAGCAAUUCCGAGCGCAUCUGAAAGUCAACAGACUGAGGAUAGCGCGUCAUGUACGGAUUGAAGACGAGACCUGUUCUUCUCUGCGCGCACACUGGCACUCGGCACCUCGAACAAGCAGUUUGGGCAAUAGUAUCCGCUCACUUCGACCGAAACGCAUCGAUUGCAGCGAACUGCGUCGCAUUCUUCGCAAAAGAAGAGUGCGUGCAGAGGAUGAAAGUCGUGAGAUGAAGACGCUAAAUGGGGUGGGGGCGGCACGGUAGUCCGCGAGAGACACGGGCAGUGGUACUCGACACUCGGAGGAGGCAUGAUGCUACUUCGGCGGGAUCCGAUCAGGGCGUUGUCCCUGUUUGUCGAAGAUCGCCAAGAGCUUUCAAAAUUUCCUGCUCUCCAGAAUGCCUGAUGCAUUCUUCGCGUCCUCCAAGCCACGAAAACGGAAACGCACGGAGAGCUCUUCUGCUGGUCCCUCAACGAAGAAGUUUGCGCGAAAAGAUGUAUCGGGAGCGAAAAAAGUAAAGGCUCCUGCUCUAACGACCAAGAAGAAACGACCUGCGGAUGAGGAACUCGAUUCAGACCAGACUGAUGACAAUGGAGUGGACAUCGAUGACAUGGACCUGAGGGCGGACGAUGAUGCCGACCUUGGUGCCAGUGGAGAUGAGGACGAAGAUGAGACGCCUGCAGAAAAGCGUCUUCGGUUAGCAAAACUUUACCUGGAGAAUGUCAAGGAGGGUCUCGCGGAUGGCGAAUUCGACGCGGCGGAGAUCGACAAGGAGCUCAUUUCGGCGCGUCUAAAGCAGGAUGUAAUGGAACAUUCGGGGAAGAUGCACCUCUUGGUCGCGGAUUCGAUUGACUUCACACAAUCUCCGCGAACGCUGCGCAUACGAGGACACCGAUUCUCCGUCACGUCCGCCGUCGCGACAGAAUCUUGCAAGUUUCUAUUCACUGCUGGGAAGGAGGGCUCUAUCAUCAAAUGGGAUCUCGCAAAGGGAAGCAGAGUCGCGACCUUCCACAAAAUUCGACCCUCGGCGCCACAGACGAAGAAAGGGAAGGGGAAAGGUGUCCCGGAUGGUGAACUUGAAGGGCACACGGACGACGUUCUUGCCUUGGCUCUGAGCAGCGACGGCAAAUAUCUUGCCAGUGCUGGGAAGGACCGACGGGUCGGAGUCUGGGACGCGGAAAAGGACGUCUGGAUCAAAAGUUUCGUGGCGCAGGUCGGUCACAAGGACAUCGUAUCCUCUCUUGCAUUCCGGAAAGGGUCCCAUCAGCUCUACACCGGCUCGUAUGACCGAUCUCUCAAAGUGUACGAUCUGACUCCUGGAGUCAUGGGAUACGUCGAGACACUGUUCGGCCACCAAGACCAUGUUUUAGCUCUGGAUGCUCUACGCGGGGAGACUUGUGUUAGUGUUGGUGGCCGUGACAAAACGGUCCGAUAUUGGAAAAUUGCGGACGAGACACAGUUGGUAUUCCGGGGCGGAGGGCGCAGCCGGAUACGAGAGGUACUUGAGGGUGGACUUCGCGGAGAGGACGAAGACGAUGAGCGGGGGAAGACGUCCAAGUUCAUCGAGGGGAGCAUUGAGUGCGUGGCCAUGAUCGACGAAAGUACCUUUGUUAGCGGCGGCGACAGUGGUUCGUUGUGUCUGUGGACGACACAGAAAAAGAAGCCGGUGUUCACCCAGGCCCUCGCUCACGGCCUGAACGCUGCGGAAUCCUCGACGGAGGGCGUGAUCAACACUGCACGAUGGGUGACGGCGGUAGCCAGCCUGCGCUACUCAGAUCUCAUCGUCUCCGGGUCCUGGGAUGGGGACAUCCGAAUAUGGAAAUUGGAUGCCAAACUCAGAUCCUUCUCGCUCGUUGGGACUGUGCCCGCACCGGGAGUAGUCAACUCGCUCCAGCUGCUCACUCCGCCCAAGGAGUUCACAGCAGAAUGGACGCAGGAGCCGGAAUCCACGGCCAAACGAAAAGCAAGCGAGGUUCUGCUUGUCGCUGGGCUGGGACAGGAGCAUCGGUUGGGGCGAUGGCUGAGUGUCAAGAAAGGCGUUUCCAACGGAACACUGGUUGCACUUUUCUCAAGGACAUCAUAGCAUAGCUCACAGCAUAAAAGUAUACAAUUCUAAAAUCAAACUACAGAUACUGGGAGAUGUAAGCCUGGCCAGCGGCGAUGGCCUCUUGGACCUUGUCAACGUUGGCCCCGACGCCCUGGGCGCUCUCAUCCUUGCCGCCGGCCCGGCCACCGAGCACUUCGGUGACCUUGGCAGCCCAGUCGCGGGCAUCGACGCCCUUGGCCUUGAGUGUUGGUGACACAAAGUUUACGUGUGCCACCUUGGUCGAAUCUGCGCUGAACACAUAGACCGAUUUGCCCAGUUUCCUGGCUUGCGACACCACACUCUGGAGAAUCUGCAAACGAUGAUCACAAAAGUGCGCAGGACAGGCGGUGGUCACUGACCUUGGCAUUGGCAUCAGCAUCCAGCGAGGAUACGAAGACCUCGGACGACUCGUUGUCUUUGAAGUACUGGGUCAGUUUGUCCAGCGCCUGUCAAGGGGCAUAAGACCUGUUGCGUUAUUUGAGCAGCAGUGAAAUCCUACCUCCUUGUUGGCAGCAGCUUCCUUCUCCUUGACUUGCUUGUCGAAGGCCUUCCUGAUAGCACCCAGCCGGUCCUUCAACUCGCUCUUCGUGAGGACGGAGAUAUCCGACUGGCUGAGUUCCUGGUGGCACGGUGAGAGCUGAUUGCAGCACAAAUGAUCAGGACGUACAACAGUCAGUGCCUUCAAUGCCGAGUCCUUCUCGCUUCCAGUCAGUUGCUCGGUCUGAUCGAUCCUGGCCUUGAAGGUCUGCGCAACCCGGGCCACCUCGGCAGCUUCGUUCCCCGUGACAGCGACGAUACGUCGAAUACCCUUGGCGAUGCCGGACUCCUCGACGAUUACAAAGUCUUUGAUGUCGCCGGUUUUUGCAACGUGACUGGAAAAAUCAGAUCAGCUUCAGCGUCGUGGAUGAAAUGCGCAGUAGAACUCACGUCCCGCCGCAGAACUCGACACUGGUUCCCCGCCAUUUGGGGUUGGUGAUAUCUUGCGCAAUCUCCUCGACAUCGUACUCGAGGGUGACAACCCGGACAGGAUCAGGGUACGCUUCGCCGAACACUGCCCGCAGCCCCGGAAUUUUGUGGGCAGUCUGCAGAUCGAGCUCUUUGCUGAACACUUUCACGUUCUUCUUGAUCCAGUCAAUGCCCAUCGACUCGAUCUUGGCAAUCUCGGGCACCGAAAUCGGCGCCUUAUGCGAAAAGUCGAACCGCAGCUUCGUCGGCGCGACCAAGGAUCCCUUCUGAUCGAUGUGGUCCCCAAGCACCUCCCGCAAACAAAAGUUUAAAAUGUGUGUUGCAGUGUGGUUGUUUCGCAGCGGCCAUCUUCGCAGCUGGACAUCAUAAGAUAGGUGAAAAUUAAAUAGAGAAGACUAAUACCUCGUCAUAUGAUGACACGACUUCGUCGCCGAGGCUCAAUUGGCCAUACUUGAGAUGGCCGACAUGCAGGACAUACCCAUUGAAGACCGUCACUCCCGUGACCUCAAAGUCUGCAACUCCGUCGAUGACGAUGUUGCCAGUGUCACAUUCCUGGCCACCAGACUCGGCAUAGAAGCUCGUCUUGUCUAGGAUGACACCAAACGAUGCACUUUCUGGGAUGCUGCCCGUCGACUCGACGAAGGAUUUGUUGUAGAAAAUGGAUUUGACCGAGGCGGUGACGUUUCCAGAGGCUGUAGAGCAGGUGAGCGGGUAGAGAUGAUACACCACAUUGGGAUUGUUUACCGUAUUUGUAAGAGUCAUCCGUCUUGGGCACAUUACUGUUCUUUUCCAAUGCCGCGAUAUCAUGCACAUCCAGCUUGACAACCUCCCCGGCGUCUUUCUUCUGAGAAGAUUUGCUCGCCUCCUUCGAUGCAGCUUGAGCUGCCUCGUACUCUGCGUCGUUGAUACCCAGCUUGAGUUCCUCCGCCAUCAGCCGAGUCAGAUCCACUGGGAACCCGAACGUGUCGUACAGCCGCCAGACAUCUUUGCCGUUCAGCUCUGUUUGCCCGGUUUCCCUUGCACGAGUGGCAAAUUGAUCGAACAGCUUCUCGCCCCGAUCCAGCGUUCGCGAGAACGACUCUUCCUCUUCAUCAAGUAUUUCCUUGAUUUCAUCCAGCUUCUUUGUGAUUUCAGGGAAGACGUCGCCCUGAGCAGCGUCUAAGUUACUUAGCGGAGCAGUCCAUCUGGUUGACGCACCAUGGACUCCACCAAGACUGGCAUCAAAGUAGAGAAGAACGACCCGAUCGUGACGCCGAGCUUCUUCCGCGCAUAGCGAGCACCACGACGAAGAAUCCGACGCAGAACGUAUCCUCUUCCGACGUUGUUCGGGACGCCUCCGUCGCUCAGAGCAAAAGUGAGUGUGCGCACGUGAUCCGCAACGACGCGGUAUGCGGUAUCGAUUCCGUCCACAUCCUCAGCGCCGAAUAAUCCUUUGUAUGGCCUGACGCCCGUCAUUUCCUGAAUUUUAUCGAAGAUGGGGGUGAAGACAUCGGUGUCGUAGUUGGACCGCUUGUCCUGCACGACCGACACGAGACGCUCGAAGCCCAUUCCGGUAUCGACGUGUUUCGACGGAAGCAGUUUGAGGGAUCCGUCAUCCUCGCGGUUGAACUGGAUGAACACGUUGUUCCAGAUCUCGAGGACAUCGGGGUCGUCUUGGUUCACGAGGUGGGCUGCGUUCCUGCCGCCGAUCCGAU